CACAAAUAUUUAUUCAGUUUGUUGUCCUGUUGGCAGUGAUUGAAGACCACCAGAUGUAAACUCAGAAACUCAACCACUGACUUUGGAUGAAAUAUAAAGACACUGGGCUGUAAAAAAUGUCAUCAACCCUUAAAAAUGCUAUAAUAGCUCUGUUGACCAUCAUCUCUGUUAUGCCAUAUGAUCUCUCUGCUGACCCCUGCGUCAACUACACUGUGCUGGACAACGCUUGGAGAGCCACCAACUAUAAAUCCAUCCCCAAGUGUGAUAUGAAUGUCAGUUGGGUCGGCUGGUAUCGGCUUUACCUUAAUGGCCAAAAUGCUCAAAUGCCAGAAACAUGUGUUGAUAACUCAGUGUGUGGUACUAAUAUCCCACUGUGGCUAAGAGGUGGACAUCCAAAACCUGAGGAUGGAGUGGUCACCAGAGAUGUUUGUGGCCAUUGGGGCGGUUACUGCUGCUAUUUUCAGUCAUUUCCCAUUAGAGUCAAAGCCUGCACAGGUGGUUAUUAUGUCUAUGAGUUUGUUACACCAACUACAUGCAAAAUGGCAUACUGUGCAGAUGCUAGCAGUGUCAACUCCAUGAACAAAACAAUCAGUUCAACAGAUGAUCCCUCUGCAGACCCCUGCAACAACUACACUGUGCUGAAUGAUUCCAGAAGAUCCACCAACUUUUAUUCUUCCUCGCCCAUGUGUGACGCCUCUGUCAGUUGGGUCGGCUGGUAUCGACUUUACCUUAAUGGCCAGAGCACUCGAAUGCCAGAGACAUGUGUUGCAGUGAAUAGAUGUGGUACUAAUGUCCCACUGUGGUUAAAUGAGGGACACCCAAAGCCUGAGGAUGGAGUGGUCACCAGACAUGUUUGUGGUCAUGGGGGCGGUUACUGCUGCAAUUAUCAGUCAAAUCCAAUCAGAGUCAAAGCCUGCACAGGUGGUUAUUAUGUCUAUGAGUUUGUUACACCAACUAGAUGCAAUAUGGCAUACUGUGCAGAUGAUCUCUCUACUGACCCCUGCUACAACUACACUGUGCUGGACAAUGCUUGGAGAUCCACAAACUAUUCCACCAAUUCUUCCUCCACCAUGUGUGACAGAAAUGCUAUCUGGGCCGGCUGGUAUCGGCUUAAGCUUUAUGGUCAGAACGUCCGAAUGCCAGAAACAUGUGUUGAAAAAAAUAGUUGUAGUACUGCAUAUCCACUUUGGCUAAGUGGUGGACACCCAAAACCUGAGGAUGGAGUGGUCACCAGACAUGUUUGUGGUCGCUCUGACAAUUACUGCUGCUAUUAUGAGUCAAUUCCAAUUAGAGUCAAAGCCUGCAGCGCCGGUUAUUAUGUCUAUGAGUUUGUUAAACCAACUAUAUGCAAUUUGGCAUACUGUGCAGAUGUUGACAGCAUAAACAAAACCUACAUAAGUGUCACGCCAGCGAUCACCACAUCUGGUUUAAAUAUAACACAGCUUAACAAUUGCACGGGAAUUUCGUGUAUACAGAAUCUCCUUGACCAGAUAGAGAAGAUUGCUGUUCUCAAUUUAACGGAUGUCAUCAAACUUUUGGAUAUGGUCUUCAGCACUUCAGAGGAGAUAAACACAUCAUCAGUUGACCCAAAGAAACUAGCGUCAUAUGUUUUAAAAGCCAGUGAGCAGCUUGUGUCAAUGCUGGUGAAGCCAACAAACACCUAUUACUAUCUCAAUUUCACUCGUGCAGCUGUGGAGGCGCAAGUGUUUGUGGUUGGACCACAGGCCAACCUUGAUAAAAUCCCUCAGCUCAACACAACAAAUGCUUCUAUAGACAUUGAUCUUAUUGGGAUCGCCAGGAACAAUUUUAAUUCAGGAUCAGCUGCUGUGGUUUUCAUCAGCUACAACACAAUGGAGGACCUACUGAAACCAGACUUCUUCAACACAUCAGAUGACACAAAUAAAACAAUGAUGUCCACUGUCAUCUCAGCUACUCUUCCUAAAACCACCAACACAACCCUCACCAAACCAGUCAACUUCACCCUCAAACACAUCAGAGAGAUAAAUGACAGUGGUAAACUUUCCUGUGUGUACUGGAACAUCACUGAGUGGAUUGUAGAUGGUUGUUCUGUUGUAAAGACCAACAGCAGCUUCACUGUGUGUUCAUGUCUUCAUCUGUCAACAUUCGCUCUUAUCAUGCAAACCAGCAGAAGCCCAUCAGAGGAUAAUAGUCAGCGGAUGGAGUCGAUGAAUGUGAUGUUUGUGAUCGUGGGUCUGGUGUUUACUAGUUUGGCUCUGUUGACUUUUGCUUUCUGUCGAUGGAAACCUGGAGUGAACAAUGUAGCUCGAAUCAACCUCUGCAUCAGUCUGCUGUCUGCUCAUCUUCUGUUCUUACUCACACAACAAUUCAUCAAUCUCAUAAAACCUCACAAGGAGUUGUGUGCUGUGAUAUCAGGCGUUCUUCACUUCUUCUUUCUCUCCUGCUUUGUGUGGAUGUUUACUGAAGCUGUGCUGCUCUUCAUCUGUGUGAAGAACAUAUCACAGAUCAGCUCCAGACAGAGGGCGAGGCUUAACAGGGGAUUUUUGAUUGUGAUUGGUUAUGCGAUUGUUUUAUUCAUAGUGGGUGUGUCUGCUGGCCUGGUUCCUCAAGGCUACGGCAGUGAAAAAUGCUGGAUUAAACAGGAGAAAGGCUUCAUCUGGAGUUUUCUGGGACCUGUUUGCUUCAUUCUUGCAAUAAACACGAUUCUCUUCAUCAGUAUCAUCAUCAGUCUGAACUUAACUCUCAAAAACCUCAACCUUGACGUUUCACACAUGAGACAGACCAA